ACGCGGACGGCGGCGGCCGGAGGUCGGGGCUGUGUUGUGGGUAGAGGGGCUUGGCUCGGGCGGGUGCGUUCCGGGUGCUGCGCUGUUCCCUCGCUCUUCCCUCUGCCGGGGUGGGGGGCGAGGGUGCGGUCCCCUGUGGCGGCGGUUCCCGGGGCGCCGGCACGAGAAUGGACUCCCGCGGCUCCCCCGGGAAGUUCGCUCCCGGCCGCUGAACCCGCCCGCAGCCCCCCGAGAGGUUCGAGCGGCUCCGUGUUCCCGGGGAGGAGGAGAGCGGGGCAAGGGCCGCCCUUCUUUCCCCGCGGGCAGCAUGGACCAGAGCGUCGUGGAGCACCCGGUGACCCUCAUCAUCAAGGCCCCCAACCAGAAAUACACCGAUCAGACUAUCAGCUGCUUUCUGGAGUGGACUGUGGGCAAGCUGAAGACUCACCUCUCCAAGGUGUACCCCAGCAAGCCGUCUACAAAGGAUCAGAGACUGGUGUAUUCUGGCAGACUGCUUCCUGAUCAUCUGCAGCUGAAAGAUGUUCUCAGAAAACAAGAUGAGUAUCAUAUGGUUCAUCUGGUAUGUACUUCCCGGACACCCCCAAGUUCUCCAAAACCCAGCACCAGUAGAGAAGGUCACGGAGCUUCAACCUCCAGCAGUAGCUCAAAUUUAGACCGUUCUGGAUCAACUGCUGCCUCACCCACAAACCAAGAAGCUUCAUCUACAUCUUUGAACACUAGUGCAGAUGGAGUGAGGCAUCGUAAUCUUCCACAAGCACAAAGCAAUCCCACACCAAGCCACCAGUUCCCUUAUUUAAUGCAAGGCAAUAUAGGCAACCAGUUUCCAGGCCAAGGUGUUCCUGCUGGAUUUUCUCUGUAUCCUUCAUUCAGUCCCUUACAGAUGAUAUGGUGGCAACAGAUGUAUGUACGUCAGUACUACAUGCAAUACCAAGCUGCUGUUUCAGCCCAAGUGACUUCCAGCACGGAGCCGGCAAGAUCUGCGGUUGCCCAGGCUGUCAAUUCGGAACGUGCUCCUGCAAAUGAGCCCGCAGCAGUGCCAAAUGUAGCCGUUCAGGAGAACAGACCUGUAAACCCAAAUGUUCAGAUGAAUGCACAGGGUGGCCCAGUAGUGAAUGAAGAGGACUUCAAUCGGGACUGGCUGGACUGGAUGUACACGUUCUCUAGAGCAGCAAUUCUUCUGAGCAUUGUAUACUUCUAUUCUUCUUUCAGUCGAUUUGUCAUGGUAAUGGGAGCCAUGCUGCUGGUUUAUUUACACCAAGCUGGAUGGUUUCCCUUUAGGCAAGAGGGAGGCCAACAACAGGCAGCCAAUAAUGCAGAAGUGAACCGUGAUGGGCAACAUGCAAAUAACCCUGAUCUCGAAGAGAUGGAGCGACUUAUGGAUGAUGGGAUUGAUGAAGACAGUGGAGAAGAUGCAAGUGAAGAUGGCAAUACAGAGCAGCAGCCUGGAUUCAUGGCUUCUGCUUGGUCCUUUAUCACAACCUUCUUCACAUCACUCAUCCCUGAAGGGCCUCCACAGGAAGACGUGAUAUGACAGAUAACCUACAUUUAGAGGAGUCCAUGUAUGUAAUAGCAAGACUGUGCCGACAUGUGCAGUGGCUUCAUGAUGUGUUAAUAAAAAGACACACCAGAAACAGA